GCACACACAGACACAUAUGCACGCGCGCGCACACGCAGUGCCGGGGCUGCGUGUGAAAGCGCCCUUUUAUCUUGUGGGGUGUGUUUUUUUUUUUGCCCAGGCGAGCGAGAAGCGCAAGCGGCAGUUGCCGGCUUGGCUCGUCUCGCCGGGGAAGGGAAAAGUGCUUGGCGUUGCGCUUUUUGCCUUCUGAGAGAGAAGCAGCAGCGUGGAAGGAAGGAAGGAAGGAAGGAAGAGCGAGCGAGCCCCCCCUCCCCACAGCACCCCCGCAAAGAAAAGCGCAAAGAAGGAUGGGACUCGGAGGAGGGCGCAGUUUUGCGCUUCGGAAGUAAUACCGUUGGAAGGGGGGGGACUGAGCGGGGGGGGGUCUGCCUAGGGCGGGGCCAGAGAGGCCCGGAAGCGUCUUGAUUGCUGGAGAGCGGCUGUCAGUCUGAUUGGAUUGCUCCCCCGCCCCGCGCACCACCACCUCCUCCUCCUUUUUCCAGGCCGGGAGUGGAGAGGGCGCCGGGCUGGGUGGCUGGUCCCCCCCUCGCCUCUCCAACUGCCCCCGCCCGGCUCUGGGCCUGGCAGGAGCGCGCGCGCCCGGGAAGCCAGCGAGCCGCCUUCUUCCCCCCUGGACGGUGCAGCGAGCCAGCAACAGGGCGACUCAAGAGGACCGCGGGCCGCCGCCGCCAUCAUCGCCGCCGCCGCCAUCCGGAGGCCCCGUGGCUUUUCAAUGGAGGAGCAGCCCGGCCCGCAGCAGCAGCAGCAGCAGCACCCGCCGCCGCACCACCACCACCAUCACCACCACCACCACCACUAUUAUUAUUACAACCACAACCACCACCAGCACCACCAGCAGUACUUAGCCGAGGGCAGCGGGCCCGGCAAGGCCCAGCCGCAGCAGAAGGCGCCCCUGCAAGCGCUCAAGCAUGAGCCCAAGGCCGGCGGUGGCGCCGCCGGAGGGCUCCAGCCCCCGCAACACGAAGCGCCCCGCAAGAAAGCAGGCUACGGUGAACUCAACGGGAACGUCGGGGAAAGAGAAUCUUCUGUGAAGAGCCUGCAUGCUGGUGACGCAUCCGGCUCGCUGUCCAGGGUUCCCAACGGUAGCCAGUCCCCCGGAGACCCGAAUCUAUCCCUCAAACAGACUGUGAAAGUAGGAGGCGCCUUUGGGAAACCCGGACUUAAACCCAAGAGCUUUGUUCCGAAAGGUGGCUUGGAUAAAAAACCAGAGAAAUGCUACGAGAAUAAAGCGAGGGAGGGCCAGUCCUCGGACAAGUCGGAGCCGUUGUCUAUCCCAAACGGAAUCGUUGCCAGCACCUCCAGCUAUAUCACCAAUGGUUACGUGAGCAAAGGGACGGACGACGGGAGUGGCUCGGAGAGUGGCUACACCACCCCCAAGAAGCGGAAAGGCCGGCGCAAUAGCAUCAAGGGCUGCGAGACCCUGAACUUGGUCCAGGAGAGCAUAAUGCAGCACGAGUUGCCGCCGCUGCCGCCUGCUUCCGCCCCCGCCCCAGUCUUAAAGCAGGAGCCGGAAAGCUUCAAGCCCGACUGUGGCGAGCCCAAGGCGGGGAGUCGUGUGGAGGGCCUGAAGCCUGCUUGGAAGUGUGAGGCGGGGGGCUUGGGGGCAGGCCGCGGGAAGCCGGGGGUUGGGGAGGUGCCGCGGAAGAACUCGGACGGGAAGGUCGGGGUCGCCAGCAAAAAGUUUGAGGAGCGGCCAAAGGGGAAGCACGUGUGUGCAGCCACCUCGAAGGAGGACUCCUGGACUCUCUUUAAGCCGCCCCCGGUUUUCCCGGUGGACAACAGCAGUGCAAAAAUAGUCCCGAAGAUCAGUUAUGCAAGCAAAGUGAAAGAGAACCUCAACAAGGCUGCACAAAACCCCUCCACGUCUCUCUCCUCCUCUUCGUCUUCAUCUUCCUCCUCCUCCCUGUGUUCGUCCUCCGCUGCAGAAGCUCAGGCCCAGCCCUGCAGCCGCCUCUCCCAGGUUCCCAUGUCCGCAAUGAAAUCCGUUACUUCAGCAAACUUUUCCAAUGGGCCGGUUUUAGCAGGGGUGGACCGAGGCAUGUGUCCAGCUGGGCCCCAGUCUCUGCUCACGCCCGCUGCCUGCUCUGUCCUUUCGGCGGCUUCUGAGCUGGCGCCCCCGGACACGAGUCUGUCCUCGGUGGCCAUGGACCAGCCAAAAUCGAGCCUUUUUAUCUACCCGUCGAAUAUGCAAGCUGAUCUUAUCAACGUCGCCACGCAAGCCGAGCCGCCGUUUCAAACGAAUCAGCAGAGCCUGGGCGACAUCUUCCAGAACCAGUGGGGUUUAUCAUUUAUAAAUGAGCCCAGUGCCGGUCCGGAGACUGCUGCUAGGAAGGUGGCGGACAGUAAGGCUGCGGAGGUGACAUUCCAGGGGGAGUGUCCCGCCGUGCUGAUUUCCCAGGGGGCUGAGACGGCUACCCCAGGACCUGACCAGCCUGUGUUCCCCAAGGCUUACGAGCUGGACAAACGGACUAGCCUGCAGCUCCUUAGCGGUGUCCUAAAGCUGGGGACUGCUGGCGAGGGGGGCGGCUUCUUGUUGGAGUCCCAUCGGCCCGGCAGCCUGCGUCAGGCGGAGCUCGCUGGCCCCGGGGCCUUUGUGUUCCUCUCCAAGGACUGUCACGUAGAGAAUCGCCUGGCUUCCCCUACAAACAGUCUCUUAGCCUCCGCCAAAGAGCAGAGGUGCCAGAGAGGCUUAGAAAGGAAAGACAGCUGGGGGGAUUUUGAUCUGAGUGCUGCUGUUCUGUAUCACAUCCAAGAAAUGGAAACUAUUUGUAAUUUGCAAAAGCAAGAUCCCAAAAGGAUAAUCACUUACGACGAAGCCAUGGAUCAUCCCAACCAAUGAGAAGAGGAGGAGGGAGGUGUUGACUCUCUUGUCCGUCGUCGUUGCCUCUCCGUACCAGGCCACGGGCUUCCCCGGAGGGCGGGCGGCGGUGGCGGCAGCAACAACGGCCAUUCUGGCGCUUCUUCCGGCACGGCAAAGGAAUCCGAACUAGAAUUGCAGGAUAAUAUAUACAAAUCUAUAUAUAUAUAUAAAUCUAUAUAUAUAUAAAUAUAUAUAUUAGUUAUUUUAAAAAUUAAAACGGGCCUCUGGUCGUGAUGAGACUUCACACGGAAUUGGCAGAGACGCACGUUAUGGGAUUAUUUAAACUUUGGUUCUGAAUUCUCCCCUCCUCCUGCUUCUCUCUUUCUUUGUCCCCCCCCCACCCCUGUUCAAAACUGGACACGAGUUCCUAACGGUAACAGACUCAGCUCGGCCCCCCACGGUUCUGGACCUCGACGGGCGAGGGUGUUUCAGCUGUUUCUGCCAGGACUUCUGCAAUUGUCAACAACACACUAAACCGCCGAGGGACAUAUGGACAUCCGUUGCCCUCCCUAUCCCACCUUCCAUCCAGCCGCUCUUGCUUUUUUGGUUCCUUCUCCUCCUCCCUUUUCCCCAUCCCUUCCACUGUUGGUUUUACUGGAAUCCUGCCGAAAACUAUUGGGGGGGGCGCCAUUGGAGGGCUAUUUCUUCCCUCCCCUGCCCCCUUUGCAAAAGUGAAGGUGUGAAGUUGGGGGAAAUCUGUCUUAAAGCCUGUGUGCUUCUCUCCCCUCCCCCGAACUCGCCCUCCAAUGGGGCGGGGGGGGGAGAUACCAUCACAGUAGUGGUACCCAUGCAGCCGCCAAGGCGUUACGGUCACCGUUUCUUGGGCAGAAUGUGUCAUCUUGACAGACCUUGUCCAAAACUCUAUAGAUCAUUGGGAUAAUUUUGUUUCUUUUUUACGGAAGUGUUCAGGGUUGCGGGGGGGUUGGCGGCGGGAAAAUUAGAAAUCCUGUUCUGAUGACUUCGCACCCCGUAUCCCCAGGGGCAAGCCAAAAAAACAAAAAAAAUCUGUUCAGCUUAUUAGGUACUCUGUAUUAUUUUUUUCUCUGCCAAAAACCUGGUGGGCUGUUUUUUUUUUUUGUACUCUCUGUUGAUCCUCUGUUGCAAAGCUGAAAAAUGUAAGGAAUUUGUGUUUUUUGCUAACUUAACUUGUGUGUGCGCAGACACACGUUAACUUCCGUUCUACCUGGAAAUUCAUUUUUUAAAAGGAACACCCCCCCAGUGCAUCUGCCUUCUCCCUGUUUCUCUUCUCGCUCUCCCUCUUUUUGCCUUUUGACUCUUUUUCUGCUCUGACACUUGAGAGGCUAUUCUAGGUGAUUUAUUAAGCUGUCUGUAUAUUUUUUCUUUUCUUUUGGUGUUCUGGGCUUCUGUUCCCCCCCCCCCAAAAAAAUUAAUCCCAAGAGCAGAACUGAGAGGUGUGUGGUGGUUAGAAUUGAAAACCUUAUAAAUUAAACCUUUCCCCCCUCCUUUUGAAGAAGUCCAAAUUUGAGGUCUAGCAGGGACAGGUUGUGGAGUUUAGCGAGGCUGUGUGGCCAUUUUGGAGGGGUGGGGAUGUGUUGGAGAGAGAGGUUUUUUAUCCAAAAGGGUUCCAAGACAUUCCUGGGUGUCCUGUGAGCGAGUGGGUGGGACAGUGGAAGGCAUUGGGGAAUUGCACCAAGUUUAGCUUUCCACUCUCGAAGAAUUCCCCAGAGCAGACAGGGCAGGCAUCUGUACGAUUUUGCGGUGGUGACAUCUUGGUUCAGUGUAACCCUAUUUGGUUUUUGGAGGGCAUUCUAGGCUAUUGAGGAGAGGCAUGCCCCAAUAGCCCCACCCCACACAGAGCUAUUCUGCUACUCUUUUACACCUUUUUUUGUGUGUGUCCUUUUAAACAUGCCUUUAACCCCCCCCCCACCUUUGAUGCUUCUAUUAAAAGUUGCUCAUGGCCAAAAACAAUAAAUAGACUCCACUUUCUAAAGACUGCUAGUUUUUUCCCCUCCCAGCGUUGCUGAUUCUUCCUGCCCUUUCUAGUGUGAUUUAUCAGUCACCUUCUCUGUUACGCGCUUAACCCUCCCUUUAAAACAACUCCAAACCCUAAUGAAGUUGACUGGUUUACGGCAAAGCUUGGCUGGCGUGUGGCUGUUUGGCUUUUCCUCUGUUGCGCUCUCGGCCUCUUAUGGCACUGUCCCCCCUCCAGAUGUCCAUCUGGGCCCCAGAGCCUUGUAAUGUGUGCGGUCUGUCUCUUGUUCACGGAUGCAACACUCUUUCCCCAAACCUCUUUCGUUUUUCAGAUUUGUUAAACCUUCCCCAUGUGGGGAGAAAUUUUUGUUGAGGUCUUAUUAAUAUUGAGAUUUUUCUCUUUCUCGCCCUUCCCCUCCUCAGAUUUAUUUUUGUGUUUAAAAAUGUAAGAGGGGCAUGUUUGUGUGUCGGGGGGGGGGAAUUGAGCUGUGAAGGGUGUGGCCCAGAUGUGAUGUGCCCUCCAGGUGUUGCUGAACUACAACUCCCAUCAGCCUCAGCAAGCGUGGCUGAUGGCCGGGGAGGACUAUGGGAGCUGUAGUUCAGCAACACCUGGAGAGCCCAAGGUCUCCCCCCCCCCCUCGGGUAGCACAUGAGAAGAAUGCUUUUGUAUGGGCCAGUCUUUCCUCCAACCUGGUGCCCCCCCCCCCCAGUAUUUUGGACUACAGCUCCCCUGGGGCUAAUGGGAGGAGUUAGUAGUCCGGCACCAGGCUUGGGUAGGUCAUGUUAGAGGAGGCGUGGGGAACCUCUGACCCUCCUGUCAUCCCCGCCCAUUUUGCUGGGGCUGAUGGGAGUUACAGUUCAGCCACAGCUGGAGGGUCAGAAGUUUCUCGCACCUGUGGUAGCGUUGGCCAGAUAACAGACAUGAAUGUGUGGCUCUCGGGUUCCUUUCUAGGAUGAUUAUGGAAACGGCAGGCCUCCCAGCCGAAGGGAUUGGGAAUAGGGCGCCCAUUUAGUCACACUGGUGUGAGUCUUGCUCAGAGUAGACCCUUUGAAAUCAGUGGAGCUCCGUUAGCCAUGCCCAUUAAUUUAAGGGGGGGGGCUUCUCUGAACACGGCUUAUGUUAGAGAUGGCCCACAAUCCCCAGCCUGUUUCCAAUGCAGCAUCCCAGGACGGGAUUGUGGUCCUCGAUGCUUACCGAGAAUUUAUGUAAUACUCCCCGGCUAGCAAGGUGGCUUUCUGUGACAUGCUUGAGAUGUGUGUCCUCCCCUUUCUCUAAAUCCCUUGCCUGCUGGUGUCAGUAUUUAGGGAGAAGGUGUCUCUGUGUGUGAGAGAAAUAGGACAACCGUAUGUGGUCUCCCUCAUUCAGGCAUCGGACAGUAGCUCUAGGAUAUUUACCUUGGACAACAGAAGUCUAGUUUAGCUGAUGAACCAAUUUCUUGACUGUGGUUUCCGGCGCUGUGUUUCAUGGUAGAAAGCUCCGCUAUAGAUGAUUUAAAAAAUGUGCAAAGCUAUUGUUUAAGAUGCCAUUCCAUGGCUACCUGUAGAAUUUUUCAAAACAACAGAAAUUAAAAAAAAGUUAAGUGCAUCUCCUGACAACUGACGCAAUACCUUUCUGCCUUCCAGCUGGGAUUCUCUAGCCGUCAUUUGUAGCUGGAUUGAUCUGACUUGCCUGCGGCCAGGUUUUUUUAAAAAAAAUUCAUUUCAGUCAUCUUCCUAUAAAUGAAAGACAUCAAAGCUGCCAGAAUGCCUGCCCCCUCCCUCCCCCCAAGUGCUGCAUCUUCCCCUUUGUUGACGAGUAUCCUCACCCAGGCACACAUGCUUGGCUGAGCCCAGAAAUGUGGUCUGUUCCAAUGUUGGCAUAUGAAGAAACACACAGGGUGCCAGGAGUCUGCAAAGCUGGGCACUUGCCAGGGAUCAGCCUAAAUGCUGCAGGUGAUGACUGAUGGGUGAUAUUCAGGAUGGGGCUGGAUGGGCCACGCCAUAAACCAGGGCUGGAGAACUGCUGGCCCUCCGGGUGGUGUUGAGCUCCAACUCACAUUGACAGCCAGCCUGACCAAUGGCCAGAGAUGAUGAUAGGAUUUGGGAGUUCAGCAUCACCUGGAAGGCCAGCCCUGCCAUAAAGGUAGAUCCUCCUGGCCUGUUUGGUCACUGUCGCCAGCUGAGGUGACCAGGUAGUGUGGGUGAGUCUGGGACUAGCCCUGAAAGGAGAGCAUGCCUCUUUGCCAGCUUAUGUAUACAAGCUCUGAUUUUGUUAAGCCAGGAACAAAGGCCUUUGGGCCUUCCUCCAGAUGUUGCUGGCCCCCAGCAAUUGGGGAGGACGGGAGCUAUCUGCCCGCAUCUGGAUGAGGGCCACCAGCCCCGUCUCCCCACCAUUGAUGUUAAAAGCUUUUCUGGCCAGCCCAAAGCAGAAUCCCACCCAGCGCUAAUCGGUGCAGAGAAUCCGCUUCUGGAGUAGUGGCUCCCCUCCCCCUUCCCAAAAAAGUAUGGGAUAUCCUUGGCUUGUUGUGAUAACGCAGAUCUCUUUAUUUGUGAAGAGCAAAGGUCUUGAUUGCUUAUUGGGGGGUGCGGAAACUAUAUUGGUUGCAUUUUGUCUUUGGCUAGAUCAUUCUCCUAACUUGGCUCCUUUUCUGGAGUCUUACUGAGUUUUUGAAAUCCAGAAUUUUUUUUUAGGGCAGGGGGGGUUGGAGAGAAGUUGUCCCAUUUAUCCUUAACAUUUCUGGUGUGGCACUUAAGUCCUGGUGGACUGGCUAGCCUUGCCUGUGCCCAGCCAUCGACAGUGCUAGGAUAUUCUGAAGGUGAGGUUACUCUCAAGCCUGCUUCACUCUCAGAAGAUAAAUCAAGCUAUAGGUGUUGCAAAUGCCAGGGUUUGGUUUGGAAAGGUCUCCAGCCCCCUUUUCCCAGCCUGGCACCUCCUCAAUGCUUUGGAGUACAACUCCCCAUCCGCCCCAGCCAGCAGACCUGUGGUGGCUGCUGGGAGUUGUAGUCCAAAACAUCUGCAGGGCGCCAGGUUGGGGCAAAGCUUUGGGGCACACCCUUUUGUGUAGUUCAUUUUUAUGGCCUUUUAAAAAAAAAGUCAGUUUUAUUUUCACUUUUACAUUUGGUUUGUUUUAAGGGAUUCUCUUAAGUUUGAAGACACUUCUCACUAGACUGUGAUGUGUUGAACCUGUAGCGCCAAAUUUCCCCCUUCUGCUGCUAUGCCAAUAACUGCAAGAAGGCUGUGUGUGUGUUGAUGUUUGUUUAAAUCCCAAGGGCCUACCAAAGAUAAUGAACUUUUUCUUUUUGGGGAAAAAAACAGCUUUCAAAAUGGAAUUAGCGGCCACUGCUUUUGCCCAGGACACUUGGAAGAGGAGCUCAUUGCAAAGGUAUCAAAAGAACUUGGAAGUUCCCUAGCGGAACCUAGGAACACAGGAAGUUGCCUUAUAUUGAGUCAGUCCAUUAUUCCAUCUAGCUUAGUAUUGGCUACACUGGCUGGCAGUGGCUCUCCAGGGUUUCAGACAGGAAGUUUCUCCCAGCCAUCAGGGAUUGCAUGGGACCUUCUUCAUGCAAAGCAAGGCCUCUGCCCCUGAGCUAUGGCCCCUUCCCCAAUGAAUGGAACGAUAUUUCCCAGAGUUUGCUUGGCCCUGGCAGUUGAAGCCAGUUUUUGAGUCUUGAGAUGUCAUUGAGCAAUGUCAUAUGAAGCCACCUUUGCACACCUGAGUCUGCCCAUUUAUGACUGAAACCUUGUUUGGAAUGUGCAAAGUAUUUCCUGACUUUUAGGGGGGCAUGGGGAAAACCCCUUACAGGCAAGGGCAAGGAACCAGUCUAGCCUGGAAUGCAGCUGCAACAACAUCCUAAUGCUGUUACUUUUUUUUUUUUUUGCCAACUUGCUUUAGAAAGUAUUUUGGGGUGUGGAGUUGAGAACAUCUGGGAUUCUGCAAAAUUUGCCAGCAUUAAAAUUGCCUGGUUUCAGAUAA